AAAAAAUAAUUUUCUUUUUCUUUUCACCCUUCCAAUCUCGUCGCCCCGAGAAGUUAUAUUUCCAAGAUGGCUGCUGCCAAUGGCAAGCAUGAAAAUGACCUGUCAUGCGAUUUAUGUAACGAUUUCUUGGGUUUUCAGGAGCAAUUGAAGAAGCACAGACUAGUUGAUGACCGAAUAAUUAACACAUUGAAUGCUUCUCUGCCCUCAAUAUCCUUUCCAGCUGAUAGAACCACAAAGUGUGAGGAUUUGUACAAAGAGCUAAGUAAGGAGUAUGGGAAAAGGGAGACCGCCAUUAAAUCAUGCAUCGCUUUAUUUUCCAAAAACGUGGAGAUGCUACAACAGGAACGUGCUAACAACGUGGAUGACUAUGAAUUGACCAAGACUUUGCGUAAAGAACAGACUAAGUUAAGGUUAAUGCAGCAAGAAUUAUCAGUGGAAGAAAUAGUCAAGGACACAAGUUUAAAGGCUUUCCAUGAACGAUGCAGACGAUACUUUAAACCUCCCACAUCACCACCAGUCUGACAAUAUAUAAGAUAUUAAUUGCACAAUUCAUCAAUGUAGACAAUUAAAACAAUGAAUGUGAUUCAGGGGCCAUGCGUACAAGGGAGAUAAAUUUGUCUGGAUGUCGUCUUAAAAGCAAUGACAACUAUAGAUAUAAUAAACAUGAAAUAUGAACAAUAUUUUAUAUUCAGUGUGAAUUUUUAUAGAAGCAACAUGUUUGUGUGAAUGAUUGCCUUUUGAAAUAUUAAAAGAUUGUUCUAUUCCUACUAAA